AUGCUGAGGAGGAGAGAGAGGGCAGUGGACAUCAUGGCUCUCACGCUGCUCCUUCUCCUGAUGCUUGUCACGCUCAGCUCUGCAUCCCACUUCUACGGCGGGGUCGUGACUUUUACCGCUAAAGGUCUUGGCAGCACUGGGAACUACGAGGUGGAGGUUCGGAGCAAGGCAACAUUCCACGGCUGCCAAUACCAGUACUUCUCCUGCUACAGUGGAAACUGUGGCUACAACUAUCAGUUGGACGCAGGGAUCAUCGACAGCAGCAGCAACGGACCAGUGACCGCCUCCUCCUGGUGCCAGACGGAGACAGUCACCAACAAACUUCUCUCAACAAACACUCCAUUCAAAACAAGGGCGGACAGCUGUUGUUGGAUUUAUUAUUCAUCUUAUUCCUAUUCUCCAUCUUGGAGUGUACUUGCCUCAAUCGAUAUUGGCCUUCGCUCUGACACAAACCAGCCCAACAACUCUCCCGACAUCGCCAUCGUCCCCUUCCUCCGAGUCCCACAGAACUGCCCCCGAACCUACAACCUUAUGACCUUUGACCCGGACGGAGAUGUAGUGCGAUGCAGAUACGGUCACUUUGCAGCUGCAGAAUGUUAUGACUGUCGAACACACCAUGGGUUCUCCCUGAAUGAGGCUGAAUGUACCCUACAGUUCCAAAGUGCAAGCCAGGGCAUCUAUGAGUUUGAGCUGGUGGUGGAGGACUUUCCACAGCAGUCUAUCACGCUCCGCUACUCAGACGGCUCCUUUGUUUUCCAAGUGGACCCACCAGUUUCAAGCUGUACUGAAGGUCUCUAUCUUCCAAAGUUGGUUUCUCCGACACCAAUGGAUGGAGAGAUCAUUCCCGUUCAAGUCGGUAAAGAACUUGAUAUAACAGUAAAGGCAGAGGCUCAGUACUCAACAGUGGAUCAGAUCAUACUAACUGGGCCCCUGAACAUCAGCAAGCACCACACCACCGCCGGUGAGUUCCACCUCAGAUGGACGCCCAUCCCAGCAAACAACGGACUCUAUUUCCCCAUCUGCUUUGCUGUUGAGGUCAAACAUGGAUCUUCAGUCCACCAAUCAGAGAUGAGAUGUGUACUGGUCAACGUCACCGAUGAACUGGUGAACACAGUGGUCACCUGCCUGGAGUCUUCCAUGAUUGUGGAAGUGGAGAAGGCCACGUUACCUCCACUCCAUUACGAUCAUCUCCGUCUGUCUGAUCCCAGUAACACUGUGUGCAGCCUCCAGACUCACUCCAACAGCACUCACGUUGUUGCCAUCAUCCCCCUCAACGCCUGCGGCACAGAUAUUGAGGAAGAUGACGAUGAUCUCCUUUUCAAGAAUGAGAUCACCACUGUGGAUGACCCUACAGCCAUCAUCACCAGAAGACACCAGGUGGAGAUCAAGUUCUUCUGCCAAUAUGCCAAGAGAGGAAACGUGUCCCUGAGCUUCAGCGCUCACAGAGAGAAUGUGACCGUGUGGGACAAGGGCUUUGGGACCUUCACCUAUGUAUUCGAGAUCUUCCCAGAUUCCCAGUUUGUGUCCAGAAUCGACCCACGGAGUUACCCUUUGGAGUAUGACGUGGGCCAACGUAUCUACAUGGAGAUCCAGGCCAUGACCACAGUCAACAACACAGAGAUGUUUGUGGAGUCGUGCAGCGCUGCGCCUUACGACAACCCCAACUACCACAGCCCCUAUUUGCUCAUCCAAAACGGCUGCAUCAAAGACCCAACACUGGUCGUCCAUCAAAGUCAAGCCAGACUAUACGCAUUCAGCAUUGAGGCCUUCAAGUUCAUCGGCCUUCAUGACCAGGUGUACAUUGGCUGCUCGGUGCUGAUGUGUGAGGCUGGGAACCCCAACACUCGCUGCUCUCAUGGAUGUCUGCCCAGUGGAGCUCACAGAAGGAGGAGAGAAGCUGCUAUUGAGACCGGAGUCCACUAUGUGUCACAGGGCCCUGUGAAACUGAGGAACUCUGAGAGGGAUGGAGCAGGAUUGGCCCUGAACCUCAACAUGAACCUGGUCUUCAUUGCUGGUUGUGCUCUGGCCACAGUGGGAAUGAUCUGCGGCCUCAUCUUUUACAAAUCCAGGAAAUCAACGAUGAGAUACCAGCCCCUGCCUUUACAGGAGAGUUGA